CCGCCGGAUCGCCCCCUCCGCCCGCGUCUCCGGACUCCCGGAACUGCUUGCCAUGGCGGCCCCCGCGCUCAGGGGCCAGCUCAACGCCCUCCUCGACUCCAUGUUCGCCACGGGUAUUGUGGACGAGGCUUUCCAACACCUGCGGUCGGUGGAGCAGGAGGGCUUCCUUGCCGAGGUCGUCAACCUCUUCCUCCACGACGCCGACAAUAUCCUCAACGAAGUUGCCUUUCGGCUGAACCAGCCCAUGGUGAACUUCGACAGCGUGGGCGCACUGGUGCAUCAGCUCAAGGGGUGCAGCGGCAGUGUUGGUGCUAAGAAAAUGAAUCUCUCCUGCACCCACUUCCGUCAGUUUUAUGAGGCACAAAGUAAAGAAGGGUGCCUCAUGUCAUUGGACCUUAUUAGGAAUGAGUUUUAUGAUGUGCGCAACAAGCUACAAACAAUGAUUCAGCUGGAGCAGCAGAUCGCAGCCAUGGGUCCUCAGUAGUAGCAAUUGAAGCAAAAAGAUCAUGGCCCCAUAUGAUCCCUAGCAUGAUGGGGUGUAUGUAUCGCUAAAGAUGUUCAAGUGGUGUCUGGGUUUGGAGGGCGUGCUCGUAACCCUCUGAAAGACACUUGUUGUCAUGUGUGUCAAUGUUUGUGUCUGUCAACUCUAUGUACCUUGUGUGUCAUGGAUUAUUUGGUCGGUUGUUUGUUUGUUUGUUUGUGACAUGAA